GAUUCUUUAGACCGGGAGCCAAUAAUCUCUCUCUCUUCGUGUCUCUCCCAAAUCCUAAGCGCAGAGGAGCCUGUUAACCCCAGCAACCCUAAUUAGACUUUAAUCUGAGCAAAUCUUUUUUUUUUUUUUUUGUUUCUUUUUGAAAUGGGUUAUUUUAGCUUUACCCUCUGUUACAUUUUAUAAUCAAUCAUGUUCUUCAGGCUAAGCUUAAAUUUUUUAACUUUAGGGUUUUAGGUUGGGUGGGUUUGUGCGAGAUUGAAUCUUCGGGGAGUUUUUUUUUUUUUUUUUUUUUUUCAAGUGUUUUAGAUGCUAAUGCUAAAAUUGUAUCUGAGCAUUAGGGUUGGGAUCGUCGAAGGGUUCGUAAAGGCAUAGGUGUGAAGCAUUUGCAAAAUUGAAUCUCUGGGUAGGGUUUUGUAGUGUGUGUUCAAUGCUAAUGCUAAAAUUGCAUCUGGGCUGAACUAAUUUCGUAUAUCAGAUAAUUGAUUAGGGGAAAUAGAAAGAGCUAUGUAUGGAAGAGCUGGUCUUGAUCGGUUCAAGAAAGCUCAAUCCUUGGAACCAUUCUCAGUGGCUCCCAACAAUUCAGCUCCCAAAACCAAUACCCAGUUGGCCCCAAAGGCCUCACAGCAGCACCAGGAAGUCCAUGUUUCUCAAGAGGUGGGGCAGACCCAGCCGGUGACUCAGGUGGGAGGUGGUCAAUCGACUUGGCAACCUCCCGAGUGGGCCAUUGAGCCUCGGCCGGGGGUUUACUAUCUUGAGGUCUUGAAGGACGGAGAGGUUCUCGAUAAGAUCAUUCUCGAUAGGCGAAGAAACAUCUUUGGGAGACAGUUUCCAACUUGUGAUUUUGUGCUUGAACAUAACUCAGUUUCACGCCAGCACGCUGCGGUCAUUCCUCACAAGAAUGGAAGCAUUUAUGUGAUGGAUUUGGGAUCUGCUCAUGGUACCUUUGUUGCAAACGAACGAUUGACUAAAGACAGCCCUGUUGAACUUGAAGUUGGGCAAUCUUUGCGGUUUGCAGCAUCAACAAGAACUUAUAUCUUGAGAAAGAAUGAAGCAGCUCUUUUUCCUCGGCCUCCUCUGCCUGCAGAGAUUGAUUUGCAGCCACCUCCUGAUCCGUCUGAUGAAGAAGCUGUUGUGGCUUAUAACACACUUGUAAAUCGUUAUGGUCUGAGCAAACCUGACCGAGUGCCUAAAUUGACCGAGUCUGGUCGCUCUAAAGGUGGAAGAGAUAACAGCCAGCAGUCAGAGAGGCUUGCUAAGAGACUAAAAAAGCUAAGAGUGUCCUUCAGGGAUCAAUUUGGGGGAGAGUUGGUCGAAGUUGUUGGGGUUUCAGAUGGUGCGGAUGUAGAAACAGAACCUGGUCCAUUAGGUGUCAAAGAAGGAAGUCUUGUUGGGAAAUACGAGCACCUUGUACAGGUUACAGUGAUACCCAAAGGAAAGCAGCAGUCCUCUGCGAAGGAAGACACUACUACUUCCCAAAAAGGUGUGACUGAUAAACUGCAGGAAGUCUUAAACAGGGUCAAAACCACUCCAAAAAGUGGGAUUUAUGAUGAUCUCUAUGGGGAAUCAUUUUCUGUCAAAGUGGGUUCUUCCUGGGCAUACCCUGAUGGUAAACCGGCUUAUCCAACAAAAGACACCCAUGGGAAGAUGUCGAGUGGAAACUCAAGUAAUGUUGAUGAUGUGAGUGAUGAUGAUUUAUUUGGUGACUAGCUGAAGUGAACAGAAUAGGAUGUGGAAGGAUUUGUGUUAUCGUCCUGUUUUGUGGGCUUUUGAUAAUAUGAUUGAGAGUUGAGAAGCAGCAGUCCUUUUUGGAAAUUUUGUGAGCUUCCUUUGUAAUGGGCCGAUAUUAUAUGUUGUAAUACAUCAACAAUUUUUAGUUGUAA